AUGGAUAACAGAGCAAUUGUGUUCGGCGCCAGCGGAGUGACUGGAUGGUCGUUUGUCAAUGAGCUUCUUCGAGACUAUCCUGAGGAGGGUGUCUGGAAUCGCGUGGUGGCCAUGACGAACCGCACGCUCAACCAAGAAGACUCUUUGUGGCCGGCAGAUUCUCGCCUUCAGAUUGUAUCAGGGGUAAACCUGCUUGACAGUCAAGAAGUGAUCGAGGGAGCGCUUCGAGAAAAAGUCCAAGAUCUCGAGAAAAUCACACAUGUUUAUUAUCUCGCGUACAAAGCCUCCACAAAUCUACAACAGGAGUUCCAAGAUGCAGUCAGUAUGUUUCAACGCUCCACAACAGCUAUGGACAGGCUGAGCCCAGCCCUGAAAUUUGUCGUUCUACAGACAGGAGCCAAGAUGUACGGGUGCCACCUGACCACUGAGCACCCAACAGAGUACAUCCAUGUACCCCUUUCCGAAGACAUGCCGCGUUUGAAGCAGCCGUACCAUGACAUGCUUUUCUAUCAUCCACAGUUGGACUGGAUCAGCGAGUAUGCCAGAGAUAAGAAAUGGAGCUGGUGCGAGACGCGACCAGAUAUCAUCAUUGGUUUCUCGAUAGGCAUCUUCCUCACGCUCUUUGCUACUGUGGAGGGUCACGGUGUCGAGUGCCCCUUUCCCGGUACCCUCAAAUCCUGGAAUGCGAAGUCAAACGAUAGUUCUUCGGACAUGAUCGCCAGACAGACCAUACAUCUGUCGCUCAAUCUUCCCGCAAAGCAGAAAGGGAAGGGGUUCAAUGUCGCCGACUCGAAGCAACCGUCGACCUGGAGCCAGAAAUGGCCUCAGCUUGCAAGCUACUUUGGCUUGAAGGGUACUCCGCCGCCCACAGAUCCCACACAGGCCUUGGAGGUCAGGUCAUAUAUCAAGGAACAUCUGAGUGUCUGGAAGCCGCUUGAGCAGGUCCACAGCCUUAAGCCCGACAUCGCAGACUCAAGUCUCGUGUAUCCAGGUUUUGAGCACUUCUUGCUCUCGCAGUUCGAUUUCGACAGACAGUACGACAUGACGAAGAUGUACAGUACUCCGGCAGAGAAGCCCUUUACGGAAGAACGAGGUACAAUGGAGGCUUGGGGCGGCGUAUUCGACCGCAUGAGAGCAGGGAGACUGAUUCCAAAAGGUGCAAAGGCUAACUAA